UCUCCUUCCCACCCACAGGUCCCUGAGAUCAUCAGUACGCUGCGUCAGGCUGGGAAGAGCUCGGCGCGCAAUGAUGACCUCACAGCCCCCAAACCCGCCGCCUCUUCCUCAGAAGACUGUACUACCUCCUCCUCCGCUAAUUCCUCCUCUUCCUCCUCAGUCUCCACGACAACCGCGUCCACCAAUGCCGUCUGCGCGGCCACCAUGUUUGCCAAGAGGUUCGAGGUUCUGUUCUGUGGAAGAGUGACCGUCGCUCACAAGAAAGCCCCGCCCGCGCUGAUCGACGAGUGCAUCGAGAAAUUCAGCCAAUCCAUAGGGGCCGGGGGCGGUCCUAAACCAGAAAGUGGCGGGGGAUUGGUGGGCGGGCUGCGGAGAGCUCUGACCUUACCGACGCUAACGCAUAACGUUAGAACGGGGGAUGGAGGAUGCAGUGGGAGGCCGGUGGUGUUUAAACGAGACCCCAGUUUCCCCUGCCUCCAGGCCCUGGAUGAGAACGGCCUGUCACCUGAGCUACACACACAACACCAGGCUGGAGUACAGCCCACCAGUCUGCAGGAGAACAGGACCAUGCUGUUCAUGGUGGGCCAGUCUCAGAUCUUCCUGGUCAGUCCAGACACUAAGAAGGUUGCCAUAGAGAAGAGCUUCAGAGAAAUAUCUUUUUGCUCACAGGGUAUUCAUCAUGUGGAUCACUUUGGGUUCAUCUGUAGAGAAACAGUAGAAGGAGGGAGCUGUACGUUUGUCUGCUAUGUCUUCCAGUGUACUGAUGAAGCCCUGGUGGAUGAGAUCAUGUUGACUUUAAAGCAGGCGUUCUCUGUAGCCGCCCUGCAGCAGAGUGUGAGGACCAAGAGCCAGCAGUGUGACAGUUGCCCCAUGCAGCAGCUGCACAGGCUGUGUGAGAGGAUAGAAGGUCUCCACCCAUCUAAAGCCAAGCUGGAGUUCCGAAACAUCUGUCCACACUAA